UAUUUAGUAUUAUUAGCCACAAAAAGACAGCUGUGACUGUGUUGUGCUUUGUUGCUCCCCAGUAUCAAACAGCAUGUACACGGUAAGAAGAAAGCAGACAUAGGAAGGAAAAAUGAAAUGGAGGGUAUAGUCUGAUAGAAAUGGAUAAAGUAGAAAUUAAAGAACAGUGAAGUUCAAUUGCUGUUACUAAAAAUGUCACCAGAUGGAAAGAGGGAGGAGGGAUUUAGAAAAAGGAAAGAGAUAAAGUGGUCAUAUGACAAAGAGCUUCUGGCAGAAGGCUGAAGGUGUUCAGCAGCUUCUGCUCCCUUCUUUCUAAUGAUGAAAACCCUUGAUGGAGCUGAACUCUGUUUUCCACAACUAAACUCCUCCUGCAAGAAGAACAUGCAUUCUCACUCUGUGUCCAUACUCACUUACACGAUGUUGUUCUCUAUCUCUAUGCUCACUGUAACUCUCAACCUGCUGGUCAUCAUCUCAGUUUCACACUUCAGGCAGCUCCACACCCCAACCAACUUCCUCCUCCUCUCUCUCGCUGUCUCAGACUGCUUUGUGGGCUUCCUAAUGGUGUUUCAGAUUAUCCUCAUUGAUGGUUGCUGGUUUCUUGGUGACCACAUGUGUAUUGUGUAUAGUGUUUUGGCCUACAUUGUUACCUCGACCUCAGUAGGCACCAUGGUUCUCAUAUCAGUUGACCGCUAUGUGGCUAUUUGUGACCCUUUACAUUACACCACCAAAGUCACCCAAAAAAGAGUUAAGUUCUGUAUUUGUCUGUGUUGGAUGUGUUCUGCUUUCUGUCACAUUCUACUGCUGAAGGAUAACCUGAAACAACCAGGAAGAUAUAACUCCUGCACUGGAGAGUGUGUGAUUGUUGUUGAUUAUGUUUCAGGACUUACAGAUCUGUUUGUGUCCUUCAUUGGUCCAGUCACUGUCAUUGUAGUUCUGUAUAUGAGAGUGUUUGUGGUGGCUGUGUCUCAGGCUCGUGCCAUGCGCUCCCACCUUGUAGCUGUCGCUUUCCAGCAUUCUGAGACAGUAACUGCUAGGAAAUCUGAGAUGAAAGCAGCCACUACUCUUGGUGUCGUUGUAGUUGUGUUUCUGAUGUGUGUCUGUACAUAUUUUUGGGUUUCCCUCACAGACCAGGACACAACGCUCAAUGCUUCAACUUCCGCCUUUAUAAUAUGUCUGUGUUAUUUUAACUCCUGUCUAAAUCCUCUGAUCUACGCCUUUUUCUACUCGUGGUUUAGAAAAUCUAUCAAACUCAUCAUUACACUUAAGAUACUGCAGGCUGACUCCCGUGACAUCAAUAUGCAGUAGAGAGGGAAUGUGACAUAUAAACACAUGCUGUUGGAAUUUUUGUAGCCAACAGGCUAAUAAACAACAAAAUCAUCAGAUAUCUAACAUGUCAGUUUUU